GAACACAACCCAACCGCAAACCCCAUUCAACCUUCAAGACAUGGACCCUAGCUUUUUAAGUUACGCGGCUUACUUAAGUGGCGCCCCUCCGUUUGUUCCUCCAACUUUCGGCUAUGGUCAAGCCGGCGGGUCUCAACCGUCACAACCCGAAGCCGAACCCGAUGUGGAAGUCGUACCGGAGACGCAACCCGAACCGGUGCAAGAAACAUCGAAACGCGGCAAAAGGUCGCAUAAGAAGAAGGAUAAGGACGCACCGAGGCGUACAAAAAAUAUAAUCAAAUGGACGAAGGAAGAGGAAUACGCGUUGACUCGGGCGUAUGUCGACAUUUCGGAGGACGAAGAGACGGCAAACUUUCAAACGGGUCCGGUUUUUGGGAUAGGGUUCGUGCACUCUUCUUUAGCACGUGGGGUCAAGGCGAACCUCGGGACAAAGACUCGAUUUCUAGCAAAUGGACCGACAUAAACAACAAGUGUCAUGCGUUUCAAGAAGUCUUCCAACGUAACUACGAUAAUCGCCCGAGUGGUGAAGGUGACGUGGGGGUUUUAACGAAGAGUUUGGAGGAGUUCGAGAGGACAAAAGGCCCUUUCACGUACUACAAGUGUUGGGAGCUACUUCGAAAAAGUCCAAAGUGGGCGGUAGUUAACCCAAUGACGUCUAGUAGUAGACGUCAGGCUAAAAGGUCAAAAACAUCAUCCUCCGUUGACCCGUCAACUCCGACAUCGGAUGCCCGCAAUGUUGAUUUAAACGAGGCGGUGGACGAGGGCAUUCAAGAAGAGUUGGCCCGACCCGCCGGUAGAAGAAAGGGAGCCGGGAAAAAAUCGCUCGAGUCGUCUUCCGAUCUCGAGUUAAAGGAUGAUUUCGAGGAGAUGAACCGUCGUCUCCAAGACAUUCGAGAUCUCGGCCACCAACGUUAUGAAAUUAUGAAGGAACGAAUGGCCGAAACAAAAAAAUUUAACGAGAUGCAAGAGGCGAGGCAAAUGGAAAAGGACAUCGAGUUUUUGUCCAAACCUAUUUUAGAAAGGUUUGAGAGAGAAAGUUGUACUCAAAUUACAGUUAGUCUUAAAUGGUACAAAAAUGUGAUGAUACCAAAAGAAGCUUGCAAACACUCAGAAAAUCGCCAAAAUGAUAUUGAAAUUUGUGAGCCUUCAAAUUAUUUUGGGAUACAUGAAAGAAGACCACCUCACGAAACGAAGUUUCAUGAUCAUGGGAAACGAAGAAAUUUGAUAUUGGAAGAGAUCGAAGAUCCUUGUACAACUACAAGUCAUGAAGAUCACUGUACAGUAGUUGAUCAUGACGACUAUGGUAGCAUUCCUUACCCACCAAAAGAUAUUGGUGGUUGCAAUGAUCGGACCCUUGAUUUGAAAUGCAUAUGUGCGUUGAUUAGAUUGUAG